AUGGCAGAGGCAGCUGGACUCGCCAUUGGCGCGAUUGGUCUCGCUGUAUUGUUUACCACUUGCGUUGAAGGCCUAGAGUACAUUAACUUAGGCAGAAACCAUGGCCGCGAUUUUGAGAUGUCAAUGACAAAACUCUUACUGCUCAAAGCCCGGCUCAGUGCGUGGGGUGAGGUCCUUCAGGUUACUCAGGAGGGUGAGGAGAAUAUCAUGUUACGAGACCGCUGGCUUGAAGAAAAGGAGACUGUCGGCAGAUGCCUCGUGGGAGUUCAAAGCAUGUUCGAUGAAAGCGACCAGAUGGAAUCGAGGUAUGGCUUGAAACGAGAGUCUUCGGAUCAGCCAUCAUCAAGUCUGCAGGAGCAGAGAUCCAAAGCCUUCCAGCAGAUCGAAGACAAGUUCAAUUCUGUAGUAAGAAGAAGGCAGGAAAGUGUCUCCAUACCGAAGAAAACACGCUGGGCCAUUCACGAUAAGAAGAAAUUCGACUCGCUGAUAGCAGACCUAGCGUUCUUCAUCGACGGACUCGAGGACCUAGGUGAUCGACUCCAGAUGCUGAGUCUCCAGCAAAGGCUUGUGGAGCUUGAAGUCCAAGAAAUCACAGACACUGAGAGCAUGAGCUUGAUGGAAGACGCUUCAACCCAGAUUCAAGCACUGCCCUCACCUCAGAUCGCCGUAAAAGAACGCUCACAAGGGGGAAUUCCAGGCCAUACGUAUGUCGACACAAUAAUCAAAGACCGAGCAAAAGUCCUGAAUGCAAAUGUGGGACUUCAAAGCCAGAGCUCCCAUUCCUAUCACGGUACCCAAGCCUAUGACGAUGCACAAGUCGUGCAAGGCGAUGUGUCGAAUGAGGUAGCUCUCGCCUUCUUCAGAUGA